AUGGAGUACCAACAAACCUUGCCCAUCGACAAGUUUCAAAACUCGCCCACCGAGUCUCUAAUGUCAAUUCCGGGGGACGGCUUCACAUCGCUCUUCGACGUCACCACCCCCAGUGCCACUUCCACCAUGAACCCAAUGGAGAUGAUGACCCCCAAAUCUUACACAGACGACCAGAUCCCCUCGUCUCUGCCCCAGAUCAAGCAAGAAGAGGAUAUGACAACGCCAUCACCAUCUCCAGCCCCUGAGAAGAAGACGACCAAAAAGCGAAAGUCGUGGGGUCAGGUCCUCCCUGAGCCCAAGACAAAUCUCCCCCCUAGAAAACGAGCCAAGACUGAGGAUGAAAAGGAGCAGCGCCGCGUUGAGCGCGUUCUCCGAAAUCGCCGCGCUGCCCAGUCUUCUCGCGAGCGGAAGAGACAAGAAGUCGAAGCUCUCGAGAAGAGAAAUCAAGAGCUCGAGGAAGCCUUCAUGGCGGCCCAAGAAGCCAACGCCAAACUCAUGAGUGAACUCGAGCAAAUCCGACGGUCUGGAGCUGUCUCAUACUCACCGUCGGCCCUGGACUCCUUCCGAGUAAACCCUUCACUAUCGCAGGAGCUUUUCGGUUCUAAGCACACACACGAACCUAUUGAUGGACUAGUAUCUUCAAACACCACUGUCGAUCCCACAGCACUCUCCCCUGUUCUGUCACCAGUGGCCGAAUCCUUUGAAGAGAUCGCCGAACAGGAGCCAUCGAAUGAGGCCAAGCCGGAACUGACCGAAAGCAUCUCUCCCGACCUGACACAACGUCCUGCCGCGAUGUUCGCCGCUAACCUCGAUGCCGCCAACCUUGGCCUGGCUCCCGCCCUUCCAGGCGAUGCUGCUUUCAGCCUUGGCAACUCUGACCUUUUGCCAACGUCCCUUGACGCAGAUCGCUAUGUCCUUGAAAACGAGUAUCUCUCUUCAUCCGACUCCUCAAUUAUUGGCGACGAUAAUAUGGUUGGUGACGCUCCCGCGUUCAACCUCAACGACGACUUCGACAUCAGCCUCUGGCUCAACGACGACAGUGCCAUUUCGGCAGAAUCUAUGGCAACGAGCGACUUCGCCGCUGCGAUCCAGGGCCUCGAGCCCAAGACCUAUGAACCUGAGAAUCAAGUCUCUUCGGAAAAUCCUAUCCAGCAGCCCCAUCCUGGCGCGUCCACUCAAGGAUGCGACGUUGGUGGCAUUGCGGUUGGUGUCUGA